AUGCGUCCGACGAGUGUCGCCUGCCUGGUUCUGGCCGUGUGCGCCAGCCUUUGGCAGCCCAGCGGGGGCUUCCGGCCGACCAACACGAACCCCACGGUCACCGAGCUCGGUACGAACGCGGCCACACUGGUGCAGUGCUUCGACAAGACGGUGUUCGCGAAAAGUCUCAGCCCCACGCUGGUUUCGUUCAUCAACAAUAAAGCCAUCAACUACGUCAAGGUGGAAACCCUCAACCCGGGCAUGUACGGAGGCGUGAAUGUGGAGGUUAAAAACGGAGGCGCCACCCAGCCGAACAUUGUGCUCACGAUCACCGACGGCAGCGGAAAGUCCAUAUUCAAGAGCAACGUCCAGGUGACGAUGUUCUGUGCCCCUUAA